UCCUCUUUGCACACUUACUAGAAAGACAAGCCAAACCUACUCACAUCAUGUCUUGCUGUGGAGUUUGCCGACAUGACUGCUGCUGCAGUGUCCCCACUGGGCCAGCCACCACCAUCUGCUCUUCAGACAAAUGCUGCCGGUGUGGAGUCUGCCUGCCCAGCACCUGCCCCCACGAGAUCAGCCUUCUCCAGCCCACCUGCUGUGACUGCUGCCCUCCCCCUUGCUGCAUGCCCGAUCCCUACGUGCCAUCUUGCUGGCUGCUCAAUUCUUGCCACCCCACCCCUGGUCUCUGCGGAAUCAACCUGACCACCUACACUGAGCGUUGCUGCGAGGGGGAGCGCAGGUGCGAACCCUGCUGCUAAUUUACAGCUCUUCCCGCCAGUAACCUGGCGGUCCAGUCCUCGAAGUAAUCCCUGGCUUUCCACAUUACCCUCUGCCAAGUCCAUGCUUCCUGUGGAAGGAUUGGAAGAGAAUCAGCUUCCAAGUCUUUGGACAGUGUUUAUAUGAAGCUGUCCAUCUUCCCUCCACGGAGUGUCUGUCCAUCCUUCCACAUUCAUGGGAUAUUGGGAGAUCUCUCUCUCUCUCUCUCUAAUGCUAUCUUACUGCUUUGGGGUGGUAUAUGAACAAAAUGCUGCUGUUCAUGGGCGAAUAAACUUCAAUUUCCUGGCUUAGCAAAUAUGACUUGUGUGA